CUGCAGGCAAUGCUGGCCGUCCAGGUGGACGCCAUGGCACGCACCAGAAACUCUCGCGCAAAGAAGCCAGGAAACAGGAGCGAGAACAAAAGAAAGUAAAGAAGACCCAGUACUAUAUAAAACAGCACGAUACCGGUGCUGCCCGCCCCCAACCUCAGGUAGAUGCACGCCAUCCGAGCACGAAGCGUCAAGCAGAGCGGGAGCAUGCUGAGUCUUCGAAGCGCAAGAAGGUCAAGUUCGUCGCCGAGGACGAACCCUCUGCGAGACUGUUUACGAGGGAGAAUUUUACCUCAAGCACCUCAGCGAAGGACGUAAGGCUGAGGCUCAAGAAAAACGGACCCACCGCACUUGAGAAGCUCGCCGCGCACACGGGCUCUUCUUCUUUCAGGUCUGACGGUGCCCCGCCUAUACGUCAGGCACGCUCGAAGCAAGAGGAGGAGGAGGAUGCAUAUAUCGCGUACCUCGAGAGCAAACUCGGCUGGAGUAAAGGGGGUUCGAGGACCAGCAAGUAUGGUAAAGGGUUAGAAGAUGAUGGUUUAG